UAUAAAUGUAGACCAUGGUGACAUGAUAUGCCAGUCUUCUCUUGAUUGCCAUUCGCCGUGUUAAGAAAUCGCCACCGAGAAAUUUCAACUGCUAGAUCACUGAUCAACCGGAACGAUGGAGGUAGCAAUCAUAGUUGGAUUUGCGUUCCUUAGCAUGUUCACGUUCUGCGAGAACACAUAUGCUCUUCCUGAUGACGCAAAACCAAUCAGUGACCAAAUCAAGGAAAUAAAGGAACCUAAGGAUAUAAAAGAAGCAGCGACCGCGUCGAAGGACGUAAAGGAUGCUAUCAAGGCUGCCAAGGAGGCGAAGAAGAAUAAGAAAGAUUGCGCUCGAGAAUGCGGGAACGAUUAUGAUCCUAUUUGCGUUCACGAUCCUGCUGAUUCCAACUUCAAACCAAGGACUUUCGGCACACAAUGCGCUUUGGAUGUUCACAACUGCGAAAUGGGAAUGAAAUUAGCUGUCAAGAGUAAAGGAGAGUGUCCUGGAUCCGGCGGAGUAAAAUUGUCUUAAACAAUCGCUCGAUUUUAAGAGAUCAUCGAGAAAUUGCAAAGUAGAUCGUCAAAUCAAUCGUUAGAUUUUAUUAUCGCAAAUUUAUUUAGUUUGAGCAACAUCAUAUUAUAAUCCAAUGCGACUUUUUUCAUGAUUAUAGACUAGACGAAAUUACUGAGAGAAGAAAACGCCAGAUAUAAUUACGUGAGAAAGUCUCUCUGACAAUAAAAUUGGUCGCCAAAUUACAUGCUAUAUAUGAUUAUGCAAUGUAAAAGUCAAAGUAUCUAUCUAAUAAAUGUGUAUCUAUCUAAUAAAUAUUAAUAAUGAGCAACUA